CCAUCCUUAUGUGUUUACACAAAAUGGCUGAUGAUUUGGAGAGACGACCUAAACAGCGAAAGACAUACGCGUCUAGCACAAAUUCUUCAUUUUGGAUGGGUCAGUGACUCCCAGAAGAACCUAAACCAAAACCUGACGUUCAACAAGGACUUCAGAGUUAGCUAAACAUUUUAAGAUUCCUGAUCCUCCCUCCCUCCAGCAUCAAUGAGCCGCAAUUCCUCUCAGCUCCAUACGUCAGACUCAGCUGUGCUCGGAGCCUUUGGAGUUUUGCGUCAAGAAGAUGGUAAAACGGUUAAGAAAAAAGGGCGACCUCCAAAAGAUCAUAAUUUAUUGAAUGCAGGAAGUAUAGGAUCUAGUCAUACAGUUUCAGGUAACAGUUCUUCAAAAACUGUUGCUUUUAUCCUUAAACAGAAUGACCCUAAGGAUUCUACAAAAGGUCUUCAUCAAAGUCAAAAGAAGAAAAGUAAACAAGAACAUGCAUCACAAUCUUCCAAUGUAAUGAAUCAGUUUGUGAAGUCAUCCAAUAACAGUCCCUUGGGUCAUGUUGGAUCUCCUUCAAUUGUUGUCUCCCCUGCCAUGUCCCCCUCAAGCAUCAGAGGUGUCUCCCCUUUGGGGAAGGAACACAAUCACCCUGCUACCACCAAGAGCUCCUCUCUGAGCCGUGACCUCUCACCCUCGCGGAUAACUGCCCAGAUGGUGAAGGUCAUGGCGGAGACAGCCCCGACAGCAUCAACAACCCCAAACCUGCUGCGCUCAGCUCUACAAGGUAACAUGCCAGACCCCAUGGGGAUAUUAAGCUCUUCAAAAACAGAAGGGGGCCUGGUUUCCAUAACAACCUCCACUGGUGGGUCUAUCUCAACUUUUAACCCCAGUCGAAGAUCCCCUGCCAAUGUGAGUAACUUUAACCAGAGUUCAAACAGUGUAUCUGGCUCUUCACACAAGUUUAGUAAAAUACUGACCUCUAUGGCCGGGGCAGGGGGCUACUUGGGCCAGCAAAGUCUAGACCCGGGUGAAGCCAAACUUAGCUGCUCGCCUAUAAGUAAUACUUUAUCUAAAGUAGAAAACCUGUUGGCCUCGUCGGAUGGGACUAUACAGACUGUGAAUGUAAAUCAUGUUCCAAAGCUGACAAACCCAGGAACGACCAACAUGGGAUCUGCAUCUGGAACCAGCUCCCUGUCCUCGUCGCCUAGGCCCUCCCCCCGCAGUGCCAUGGAAGUUGCCCAGCAGAUUAAAAUGGAGGCUAAUGGUCAGAAGUCCAGCGCCCAGUUGGCAGCCCUGCGUCCAGGUAUGCAGCAGCAGCUGAGGACCCAGAUCCAGAGCUCUCGUAGUAUAGAUGCUCAACUUGCACCCAAGCAAGCUCAGCUGCCCAUUCACAAACCAUCUACAAAGGAUGUUGAGCAAAAGACUUCAAUGGAUGUGUCUAUGCCAUUAUUGGCAGCAAAGCUUGCACCAGCUGUGGUACCAUCAGUUGUCAAGGUAACACCAUCUUCUGCUACACCAUUCAAUCAGCAGACGGCCGGCAACCUACUUACAUCCCUCUCUGCUGCGGUCACAUCGUCAGCCUCAACAUCACCUGCGCCCUCGCUCUCCAGGAAACCUGCUCAAUUUAGUACUUCCCCAAAAUCUUCUUCCACUGAACUCAAACGUUAUCAGCAACAAACUUCUAGCCAGAAGCUUGGAUCACAGCAUGCCAACACCAGCUUUGGCCAGAGCAAUCAAGAGUCAACAACAUCUUCUGACCACGCUUGGCUGCUCCACCAACAGCACCCACAGCUAGCAGAUUCUCUUUCCUCUGGGUUAAGUCAGGGAAUGGGGAAUAUGUUAACAGAGCUGGAGAAACAGCAGACGCUAGAGAGGCUUCUGCAGGCCAGUAUCUGCGGUUCAUUGAAUGAAAGGACAGCCCAGACAGAGACUUCAGAAGCAGCUGAAGCUCAUGCCCAGACACUAGUCAAGCACUUGACUUCCCCACAUGCUCAGCAGAGACCCAAUGCUGCUCCGCACACAACAUCAAACCAAGGUAACGUUAACAAAAUGGCUCAGGAUAUUAUUAACCAAACGACUAUGGGUGGAGGGUGUUUAAAAUUUGUCCAGAACCACCAUUCUAGUAUCACGGCACCAACAACUCACCAGAAUAUAUCCAAGUAUAGACUUGGAGAUUCUAAGCAAACAGCAAUUGAUGUAGACAUGGAUAUAGGCCAGCUUGCUUCUAUAACAAGCGAUGCCUCCGCUCCCAAGGCAGAGGUGACAGUUAGUAGCGCUGGAGCAGAUGUAAGACGCACCCACCACACAGCAUUAAGCCAGCAGUUGUUCAACACAUCAGCUUCUCCUACCACUUCAGCAAACUCGGCUAAAUCUAAAGACUCGCCAGCAUUUUUGCCAGUUAAAUCCACUUCAUCUUUUUCGUUUCAUUCAUCGCCCACCUCCUCCCUUGCACAGAUCCCUAAACCGAUUAUGCAUCCCACGUCGUCGCCAUCUCUUUCAUCCGCAAGAACAGCUCUUCCGCCCCCUCCUGACUACACCCCGCCUCCACCGUAUCCGGUAAAGCUGGCCCAGCAGUUUCAUCAAGGGGAUCACCACCAACAGCCUGUUCCCAGCAAAACAGGCCAGGCAGCCAAGCAUACAAUUCAAAACCCUUUCACAUUCCCAACUUCGGGAAUAAAAGUAAUCGCAGACCACAACGCGCAGGGUAUACUUUCCUAUAAGCUGGCGACAGACCAUAAACAUAGUGGCAGCAACACAGAGAAUAUACCAAGCAAUACACAGGGGCUGUUGGGCAACUUUAGAGAACCAAUGCCUUCUGUGGCUGGCAAGUCCCAAAUGGAUAUCUCUAGUAUCAAACCAAAGGCAGGGCCACCGCACCCAACAGAUGGGUCCAAGUUGUGUUCAGAUUCACUGGAAGCUAAUACAAACUUUCAGAGCAUCAACCAUAUAAAUGAAGAGGAGAGAAAAUCAAAGCUGCAACCAUUUAACCAAAGAAUUUCCAACCUGUCAUGUUUUCCUGUGAUGAACUCCAGCUACAGAGCAGCCUAUAGGUCCCAUGUUAUGGCUGUACAGAGAGCUAGGUCUGGAGUGACAACAAGCACAACAAAAUCUCUCGACAUACUCAGACAAAACUUGCAGCACAGCAUUAACAAGGAGUUGACUGAAAUCAUUAAAAAAUAUGCUGAUAAGUACUUUCAACCGGCUUUAGACAAUAUAAAACAAAACAAUAAUGAGCCCUUCCUUGGAGAUGAGCAUAUCAAUUAUGUGUGUAGGCAGAUACUAGAAGAGGCAAAAUCUGAAUUUAUAAGUGAUACAGAGCGGCGUAGUGUGACACCUUCUGAUAUACCUGAUAAUGUUUCUGAAUCUGGUAGUCUUGGUGGUCGAAAGAUGCAUAAUUUUAUCAAACGAAGUCGCAUAUCAGACAGUGACUCAGAAAAGGGAAGUGAUCCAGGUGGCUUUAAAAGAAAAAUUGCAAAAAAGAAAGGCAAGCCAAUAUAUCAUGGUGGAUCUGGGAGAGUGACACCUUCAAAACCAUAUAAAACAGGGGAAACUGUUAAACGAGAGGGGCCCAAGUGGGAUCCAGAAAGAAUGAAACCAGACACACUUUUUGUGAUGGGGGCUAGAGCUAACAAGGCACUUGGGUUAGGUAACACAAGAGGAAGAUUGUAUAUUCGACAUCCAGACAUAUUUAAGUAUAUUGGUGACCAAGAGGAUAAGCUCUGGCUGUUUGAACACAAUUUGAUGCCAGCCACAGGAGGUAAAGCCUACAUGUUACUGCUGGAAGACAUUGAAGACUUGAGCAGAUCAGAUGAGUACAAAGACAGCCCUGGGCUGUUGAUGCAUGAGUGUGUUGGUUUCACUGCACCAGAAUGGAUGCUGGUGAAGAUGAAGGAGCAGAUGAAUGCUCUACGAUCAGAUUCAAACAAAAGGAGUCUCUCACACUCUCCAGUCAGUGAAAUGGGUGAACCAAGGCCUAAAAUUCUUCCAUUCUCAGCCUUUUCUGAUACUAAUAUUAAAGAGGAAACUAUAGUUUCGCCAGCUGACACAGAGGACAUGGAGUUUUUAUCUACAGCUGAGAACGAGGAUAAUCAGCGAUCCUCUGGCAUCUCACCUUUCACUGUUACUGCUGGCUUUGAUGAAGGUGUUUCCCCAUCACCUUCAGAUCUGGACCCCAUAGAAGACACUGCACCAGUUUCUAGCUUGUUCACAUAGUAUGUUAACAUGUUAAUUCCCUCCCUUUAAUUAAGCUACACCAUUGUUUUGCAAGCUUUAUGUUGCAUAUAUUAUGCAUAUUCCUAGAUUGUUAUUCAAAUCAUAAUUCAUACUGAUUAAUUUGUUUCAUGUUUUAUUCAGCUUCAUCUUUUUUAUAACUGCUACAGUCUGAUAAGGAUUUUAACAUAAGAUUGUUUUUGUGAUGUCAUUGACUUAUGCUCAAAAAUUAAAAU